CGCCCGGCCGUUUUUAUCCUCGCAAAGUCCCCCGAAUCAGGGCCAUUUUCGUAAAAACACAGAAACAAGCUACGGUCUAAAUUACGAGCACCGGCUCGUCGAGGUCGCGUUCGCUAGUGAGAGAGAGGUCUUCGAUGGAGUUCAUGGAGGAAGAAUCCCGCCCUCGAUUCCUGUUCCAAUCUCGCCCUUCGUCUUCAACCUCCAGCCCCCAGAGAACCCCAGCUCAGAAACCCAGCGCCCUCCGCGUCCUCUCGUGCUUCUCCCUCUCCCUCCUCCUCCUCUUCAUCCUCUUCAUCUCCUCCUCUCUCCAAUCCUCCCAAACCCUUACCUUCCUCCUCCUCUGGAUCUCCCUCUCCCUCCUCGUCGCCCCCUUCGCCCCCUCUUCCGUCACCGGCGGCGACGCACAGUCGGCUGCCGGCACGCCCCUCCACCCUCCGCCGCCGACGCAGACAGACGGCCGCGCUCCCGCCCCCUCUCGCCGCUCUCGAUCUCGCCGGCCUUAUAGCUCUAACCCUAACCCUAACCCUAAUCCGUUACCUAAACCUGAAGAUCCGACCAGCAAUGUGACGAGAUCUGGUAAAGUUGAGGCCUUUGAGGAGGAGGAGGAGGAGGAGGAGGAGGAGUUGGAGUGGACUGAUGAAGAUCUACAGAUUCUAAAGAAGCAGAUCUUGAAGCAUCCGGUCGGUGAACCCAGGAGAUGGGAGAAGAUUUCAGAGGCUUUUGGGAGGAGGCAUGGUUUGGAGAGUGUUAUAAAGAUGGGGAAAUCGAUGGCGGAGAGGAAACCCGAGGAGAAGGACUCGUUUGCUAAGUUCUUGAAGCAGAGGAAGCCACUGGAUAAGAGAGUUGAAGGUGUUGACGCUGAGGUUAAGGAGGGUGGGAAGUGGAGCUCAGGGGAGGACAUUGCGCUGUUGAAUGCGUUGAAGGCGUUCCCGAAGGAGGUUGCGAUGAGGUGGGAGAAGGUGGCGGCGGCCGUGCCGGGGAGGUCCAAGGCGGAGUGCGUGAAGAGGGUGGCGGAGCUCAAGAAGGAUUUUAGAAGCUCGAAGGCAGCAUAAUCAUAGAGGAUUUUUUUAUGGGUAAGAGAUUUUACUACAUAGUUGUUAAGAUUCGGGAUUAUUACAAGUAUACAAAAUUUUGACACUUUAAGAGUUUAUCAUUUUAUGAAUGUUGAUGACUAAGGGUAUAUACGUGGAUAUGUUAUGCUAGGCACAUUGGUAGGAACCAAUUUGGUAAAAUUUAUGUAUCAGUGUCUUGAUAUUGUAUCAAGUCAAAUUUCAUGUCAGAAUCUAGUUUUUGCACAAAUAAAGUGAAGAUGCAUUAUUCAGUACUA